AACACAGAGCAAAAAGAUGUCUUUUAGGGUGCUGUAUCAUUAUCUCUUCAUUCUGUCUUACUGAGCAAAACCGACAUAUACCAAAUUCCCACAGUCUAUAGUGCCUGAUAGAGACACAGAUCAUAUACUGCCUGCUGCCUUGGGGGAAUUUCACUGAAAAGCCUCUGAGACCGAUUCUAAGGUACUGGUGUUCCCAGGUCCUGUACAGAUAUCAAGUUAAGACUGAAUGUUGUUUUGGGACAGAGAACUUUGAUCCAAAAGGAGGAUGGUCUUGAUCUGGAAUCAUAUUCUUUGCAUGAUCAUUACUUUUGUUGAAAAAAAUUAUAUGGCAUUGAGUGGACUCUCAGCUCCAAAGACUGCUUUGUUUAUCAGAAUAAAAGCCUUUAACUUCUGUAGAAGAACCAUCAGAUUUUACAGAACUUAAUAAAGGCAGAUCAUGAGUAGAAAAACAAGGGUUUGAAGGCUCAGGCAGAUGUGGUACCAAGCCACCUACCCAGCUAUGCCAGUGCAAAGAUGUGUGGCGAGUUGUGUGCAGUUUGUUUGAUGAGUCAGUUGUGUGUAGUUCCUGUGGUGAGCUAGUCAGGGGUAUCAAGAGGGAGCAAACUCUGAGUCUAAGAGCACGCAUGUUACAUUGUCACUUGUUGAGUCAAAUGCUGUUAGUUCUUUAACUUCAGAAGGAGCCUGAAUCUGGAGACAGAACAAAAAUAACUAUGCCAGAUAACUACCUAGGAACAGAAGUGUAAAUGAAAGAAUUCUACACAGCAAAACACAGAAACAAAGUAACAAAUACUUUGUUGUCUCUCCAUGGGGCAGGAAUACCAGGACUAGAGGGCAAUAUUAAUUUUCAGCUGCAUGGCCAAGAUGGUCAACAUUAUUUCAAGACAAAAAGAUGAAUAAGACACAUGCACUAAGGCUCAGAUCCUCGGCUUCCUAUAAUCGCAUGCCAGGCAUCUGUUGUGACUCAACACCGCCUGUGACUCAGUAUCACAACCCACAGGCUGUGAAGACCCACAGCAUCAAGGGGCAUAACUAUGGAUCCUCAACAAAGAGAUCAAGCCAUUCACCAGGGCCAGUCUGGACCAAUGCCUUUCCCUCAGGAGGCACAGAGCAACUUGCAGAAUUUUUUAAAGGGGCAGCCAGUUAUUUUUGGGGUGAGCCAAAUCAUGAUUGGCCUAAUAAAUAUUUACCUGUGGAUUAUGGUAAAAGUCUUCCUUUCAUUCUAUGAACAAUAUCUAGUCCCAGGGAACACUGUAUAUGACUUCAUUUUCCUUUGGGGAGCAAUUUUUUUAAUCAUAUCCGGAACUGUGUCCAUUGUGUCUGGAAAGAAGACAACAAAACAGAUGAUCUGUGGCAGCAUUGGAGUAAACACUGUGGCAGCUGUAUCAACAGGAUUAUCACUAAUAGUCCUUACACUCAGAAUAACCCUAACCUAUUUCUUCUUCUUAAACAUAUCAGCUCAUUAUUUCAUAACUGGGAUUUUGUUUAUGAAGCUUGCCCUCAUCAUCUUGGGAUUCAUCAUCUCGCUGUUGCUGUCUGCAUUUGGAUGCAGUGCUGUCUGCUGUGAUAUGACCUCAGUGGUUGUCGACUUAUCCUCCAAUGAACGUGGACUUCCCAUAGCUGCUCUUUAUCCUGACUAUGAUGAGGUGGCUUUCUAACCCACUUAGUUAUUUGAUAUAUCAACUUUUGAAGUAUUCCUGGAUUUACUCUCAAUGUAUUAUUGAAAGUAAAUUAAUAAUCAGGCAGUAAACAGAGCCUUCAGUGUUCUGAAGGGGAGAAAAAGUCACAGAUUGGCUGAUGUUGACUCUGCUAUGGUCUCCUGCUCUAUCCCCAGUCAUGAUUCCAUUGAGAAAUGAUAAAUGAAGCAUAUGAUUCAUCAGCAUCAACAAUAGCAUCAUCUCACACCCUCCAUAAUAGGAAAAAAUGGAAUAAAUGGAAAGGUUGUAGGUACUCUGGGACUCUGGUGUGGUGUGGAGGGUAUGUACCAGAACCGCCGACCUACACAAUUUCUGAGAAGCCAUUUGCUUCAGACUAUAAUUUUAACCCUAUACUGGGGCUGUACAGUAAGCCAGCUGUGUAGACCAUGCUGCUACUGACCCUUUCCCUAAAGAGUACAAAUUUCCAUGAAAUAAAAGAAUUAAAAUAAGCCCUGCUCUUAUCCCCUCACGUUAAAGGAGUCAUCAUUUCCUAUUAUUACUUCCAUCUGUGCCAUGAAGAUUUUACAUCACAAAGUCAGUUAUAGCCCUUUAACCUCAGGACCCUAUAAAACUAUUCCAAUGAGUAAAGAUGUUUUAAAACAGGAAAAUACGGGGGGUGCCUGGGGUAGCUCAGUUGGCUAAGCAGCUGCCUUCAG